AUGACCUCUGAGACAUGGAUCUUCGUACCCCUGCCUCGCGGAACGAUGGGUAUGGUUAUGCUUGCUCCACGUUGCUCCAAGCCGUCCUGCAGUGGUCUUUGGGUCUCAGUCUUGCUUGUCCUGCCGAUUGCAGCUCCCCCCUCCAGCUUUCGGGACUCCUCCUUCUGCCUUCCUCCCUCUUGCCCACUGGCACCACCGCUGGAGGUCCUGCGCAUGGAUGCGCAUGGGCCACUUGGGAAGACGCUUUUGGGGCCUGCACAUCACGUGUCCAUCCGCUCGAACGAGUAUGUCGUCCUCCGCUUUGACAACGAAGCAAUGCCAGUUUCUUGCAACCGAGCGACAGGCUGGGAUAUUGGGCCUCGACGAAGGUCUGAAGCAUGCAGCACUUCAAAUGGCCCGGGCCACUGCGCUCCAACCCACAUUCAGGGCAAUAAAACGGCUGGAAGAUACCAAUGGCCAAGCAAAGUCUUCGUGGGAGGGCUGGUUGUGCAGGUGCUGCGAUUGUUUUGA